AUGGAAGAAGUUGAAAAAAUUGAACUAUUUUCUGUCCCAGAAGAAGAUCCAGUUUUGAAGAAAGAGAGUACAUCUUCUAUAAAUGUAAAAUCAGAGGAGGAAUGGCGUAAACUUAUUCAUACAAGUGGUCUUGUUAUUGUUGACGUGUACUGCGGCUGGUUUGGUCCUUGUUCACCAAUAGAGAAUUAUCUCAAAAAAUUAAGACUUGCCAAUGUCAACAAUAUGGACAGGGUUACUCUAGCGAAGGCAUGCAGUGACAAAAUUGAAGAGUUAUCUCCAUUCAGAUUGGAUCCGAGACCAACAUGGUUGUUUCUAUCCUCAGGUAUUCCAACAGCCCUUUUACGAGGAGCCAAUAGACCUCUUCUAACUAAACUGUUUGUGAGUGAACUAGAUUUGGAAAGGGAAGCAAGGCCACCUAUUUUUAUUGAUUACAGGUCCUCUGCUGUAAUCCAGUGUAUUGGUCCUUUAGCAACUCUAGCUGCGGAUAGAACAGUUCAUUCUAUUGGAAUAGGGCACACAGAAAUGUUAACAAGCUUGUUCCAGGACGGAAGAGCAAGAACCCCUCUUCCCUCCUCUCCCACCCUGGCUAGGAGGUCUAAUUCAGAACAAGAUAUUUUCAAUUCUAAUGAAAAUCAAGAAAAUGGCGGGAGUAUGGAAGGGACUGAUGAUCUCCAAGAUACUAUGGAGGGAGGGGAGGGGGAAGAGGAGGAGGAAGGAGAUUAUCAAGAUGAAGAAGAGUAUGAAGAAGACCAACAAGAUACAACCCAAACGGAAGAGAACCCGACUGUGCAAAGAAAGCCGCGGAGGAAGCGCGAAAUACGCGCGGGACUUCUCAAGGAGAUUCUAUCUAACAGAGGACAGAAGCGGCAAUCCUUUACAGGGAUUUUCUUGUAAUCUUCAGAAUCUGGCAGCAUCCUGACCAAUACAAGUAUUUAUAAGUACCGGCCGGUCUUGUUUACAGCGAAAUUCAACCCGGACUAACCAGAGUUAGAGGCAUUCGGUUUCUUCUAUUUGAAAUCACACACGUUUUGG